GCAAUCAACGAUGAAAUAGCCCUGCAAUUGUCACGGAUCGGGUCUCGAAACUUGGGUCGUGAUGACAGAGUUGUUUCUGAUCACGGUUGCGAAGCACGGUAUCCGUACUUGGACGAAAAAGUCGUCAAGUUUCUGUGUUCGGUACCCGUUUGGUUCAAGUUGUUGCCGGAUUCUCCUCUCGGGAUCGGUGACAAAAUCAUUUUGCGUUAUCUUGCAUCUGAAUUGCUGUGGUUGCGGGGUACUGCUUGGGAACCCAAACGGGCGUGUCAGUUUGGGUCGCGAAUAGCCAAGCUUGAAAACGCCAAGGAGAAGGGCGAUCAUCGUUCAGUCGCCAAACAUCACCUGUUGCUUGAUGCCCAUCAUCCAAAAAUUCGGAAGGUGUCCGACGGCAGCCAAAUCGACAAUGCCUUGAACAGCUCGAUAGUUUUGGUACAGGAUCGCCUCGAUGUUCCUGUUCCAAUACAGCUGGAAGAUUAUAGGCUCUCGGUCCAUGCCGUGAAGCUCAAACGAAGGGUUCAAAUGUAUCAAUGGGCAGAAGUGCCCAGAGACAGGUUGGAUUAUUUGUUGACGCCUUUGGAGGAUGAAUCUGGCGGCGUUGAAGACGCCAUUCUCAUGGCAGAUGACGUGACGUAUUUGAAAGAAUGGAAAGACGAACUUGUAAACUUCACGGGGGAACACGCCGCUGCUCUUCGGGACAUCAUUUCCAAUCCUUCAUUUUUCCCCGUCGAAAACCACGUUUUCGUUGCCCCAGUGGUGAAAGUUGGAGCCUACGUGCUGUCGGAUUAUUUCAAAGAGAAUUACUUCAACUACUUCCGAGAAAUUACUGGGGGCGAGAGACCGACCGAUCCGAACAUCAAGCUUCACGCUGGGCUGUAUUAUCAUUCAACGAACCUCUGGGACCCACAAAUCGGGGAUAUUCGUAUGAGGUUCGCAUUUGCUGGAAAUGGAGGACUCACUCGUGGGAAAGGAACACCGGUGACCGUUAUCGGGCAAUUGAUUGGAACAACGUUGUAUCCAUUUGAAGACGAAAAUGGAAAUCUUUUCGCAAUUUUGCACGAAGAUUGGGACUCGUUGGACGAGAUUAUUCAAAUUGAGAAGACGUCCAGAUCGAGACCGUUUUUGGCCUACCGCCUGCUGGGAUUCGGUGUAUUCAUUUUCGGCACCGUCUGGAUUUUAAUUACUUUGGAUCAUAUGAGUACGUUUGAGCUGCUUGUGUCGCACACUUGA